GCGAUCGGCUAUAUACUUAUUCGCCGUAUAGGUAGCGUAUAUGAUAGAGUCUCGUGUGCUGCAGGUUGUCAGUACGUGAAAUAUAAGAUAUAAGGCAACGCGCUUCUAUGUCACUCAGUUAGCGGCCGUCGACUGCGUGCAAGAGUUCGCGACCCGUGCCAGCGAGUCGUGCUUUUACUUUCGGGACGGACGCCGAGCGUACUGCUACACACACAUACACAGUGGAUAAGCUGUCAGUGCCGCAGCCAAGUCAUCGUCAUCAUGCUCGAUCUGUUCACGAUUUUUAGCAAGGGCGGCAUCGUCCUCUGGUACUUCCAGAGCACUGCCCAGAUAUUUACACCGAGUGUCAACGCCCUUAUCAAGAGUGUCAUAUUGCAGGAAAGAACUGGUAACCAAGUGUAUGAUCAUGAAUCAUUACGGUUACAGUACAAGUUGGACAAUGAAUUUGAAUUGGUUUUUGUGGUGGCUUAUCAAAAGAUACUCAAGUUAUCAUAUAUUGACAAGUUUUUAAAUGAUAUUCAUUUGGAGUUCAGAGAUCGUUAUAAAAGUCAAUUGGAGAAAGCACAGUGGUUUUCAAACUUUGAUUUCCAGAUACCCUAUGAAAAAACUUUAGUUUUAGCUGAAACAUGGAGCAAAAAUCAAGCUAAGAUUCCUAAACAAAUGAAAACUUUCGAUGAAAGUUUGAAAUCCAAGAAGACUGUUGCUAGUAUGAUAGAAAGAAAAGAUGAUGAUAAAAAACAAAAUAAAAAAAAGAAAGGGACCAAUGGAUUUAUUGAAGGUCCACCUAAAAUUCAAGAAGUGCCUAAAAUACCAGAGUCUCCUAAGUCACCUAAACCUGUAGUACAAAAUGGGGAUAUAAGUGAAGAUAUAUUACUUGCUCGUCAGAGACUUGCUCAGAAAUUGUCUUCAAAGAAAAAUGCUGACAAGCAAAAAAGUCCGAAGCCUAAAAAAGAAAAAAGCCAAAAGAAAGAAAAAGCGCCAACUGUAUGGGCUCUUGGCGGAAAUAAUAAAGAUCUUGCAAAUCUGGAACGUACAAAAGAUAAACCUCUAGAAGGAACGGAAUAUGUUGCCGCUGAUACCACUAUUAUUGGUAAAAUGCAAGGUGGCAUUCGAGAUCUUGAAGUCGAAAGUGAUUCGUCCGAUUCUGAAGGCGAAGAGCCCGACUCACCCAAACAGGUGAAAAAGUCAAAUGCGAUGUUUUCCAUGUUCAAAAGUUUGGUGGGAAACAAGCAGCUCAAUGAGGAAAACAUGCGCCCCGUACUCGAGAAGCUUAAGGACCAUCUGAACUCAAAAAAUGUAGCCACCGACAUAUGUCAAAAGCUCUGCGACUCGGUUUACUCAAAGCUCGAGGGCAAAGUUCUCGGUACGUUCGACAGCGUAGCCAACACUAUCAAAGCUUCGUUGACCGACGCACUCGUACAAAUUUUAUCACCUACGCGAAGAGUUGAUAUUUUGAGAGACGCGCACGAAGCCAAAAAGAACGGCAAACCGUACGUGAUGGCCUUUUGCGGUGUCAAUGGCGUAGGAAAAUCUACUAAUCUGGCUAAAAUUUGCUUCUGGCUAAUCGAGAACAACUUUAGAGUGCUAAUAGCGGCUUGUGAUACAUUCAGAGCAGGAGCUGUUGAGCAACUGAGGACUCACAUGAAACAUUUAAAUGCUCUUCAUCCUCCUUCCAAGCACAAUGGUGUUACAAUGGUUCAACUUUAUGAGAAAGGAUAUGGUAAAGACGCUGCUGGUAUAGCGAUGGAGGCGAUUCGAUAUGCUUCAGAUUCGAAAUUCGAUGUAGUAUUGGUCGAUACCGCUGGCCGUAUGCAGGACAACGAGCCACUUAUGCGAGCUUUGACCAAGCUCAUCAAGGUUAAUGAGCCCGAUCUCGUUCUUUUUGUUGGUGAAGCUCUUGUAGGCAAUGAAGCCGUUGAUCAACUUGUCAAAUUCAAUCAAGCUCUCGCUGAUUAUUCCAGUUCAACUAAUCCUCAUAUGAUUGAUGGAAUUGUUCUUACCAAGUUUGAUACUAUUGAUGAUAAGGUUGGAGCAGCAAUUUCAAUGACUUAUAUCACCGGUCAACCAAUUGUAUUCGUUGGAACUGGCCAGACUUACACGGAUUUGAAGUCCCUCAAUGCAAAGGCUGUGGUACAUGCUCUGAUGAAAUAGAAAAUAUUAAUUAAUUCUUUUAUGUUUGCUAGCUUGUUUGCAUAUGAUGACAGACACAGCUCAAAAUUUUUAAGCAAUGGCAAUUCACUUAAAUCAGAUGUGCCAGGCCACUUAUCUUUGAUGUUUUAAAUUGAAAUACUUUUAUUGGUACACUUUUCUUUCAUAUAAAAAAUAAAGGACAUUUUAUUUGCAAAAGUCAUUAUAUUUUUGAGCUAGUGCAACAUAUACAAAAUUAACUAUAUGACCACCUGAUUAUAAAUAAUGAACACUUUAUAAUAUUGGCUAUUGUUCUAUAAUACUUCUACAUUCAACUUUACAAUGGGAUUUGACCAUUAAAUUUCACAUCAGUUUUGUGCUUCAAAUAUUAUUCUAUUACUUAUAAUAUAUUUGAAAAAAUCAACCGUAGGUGAAAGACGAAAAAUUGUUUCGUUUUGAUUCCAAUUUCUAUCGAUAACCUUUGUAUUUGCAAUGAAUGUUGAGUGUAUCAAAUGUACAAUUUUUACAAAAAAGUUCUUUUCUGUUGACUCUUAAAAUUAGAAGUUGAAUUAUGUUAUAAAUGUAAAAAAUUUUUAUUGUGUUUUUCUCUGUGUUUUUUUUUUUUCAAAUAAGUCAAAUAUUUUUCAGCAAAAAAAGCUUUUAUUAUAAGAAAUAAUUAACUUAAAUAUGUUUUUGAAAUGUCCUUCCGUAAUUUUGAAACACUGAACAAUUAUUAUUGUUAAAUUUUUUAAUGAUGUUUAUCAUGCAUACUUAGAUAAGUAUUUAUAUAAAUUGGUGAUGCAUUGUGAGAAAAAACUGCAAAUGUUAGCAGUUGAUUAUUUGUGUAUGUCUUCAUCAAAUUUUUAUACUCAAAUAUAAUAAUAUUGUAUUCAUAGAUGCAUGUUUAAUUAUAAUGUUAUAUUGACAAUGAAUAAAGCAUAUUUGAGUUGUUAC